UGUUUGCAAGAUUAGCUAAUUUAAUGUUCGUAAGAAACAAUCGUGCUACACAUGUGUUCCUGGAUUUAUGUUGUAAGAAAUGCUCUUACAAGACGAUAAUAUCGGUAUUAAUUACCGGAAUAAUUAUAUUUAUUCUAAAAAUACGAGACUCUCCAGAAAUGUACAUAAUAAAAUGGAAUAUGACAGAGAAUAUAUCGUGCCAUUAUUCCACCGAAGAUGACGCGUUGCCAUUGGUAGAUGAAACAUUCAAUCCCCCGGAGAAAUCGAUAUUUUUCCAUGAAACAUCUUGUAGAGGAGGGCUGAGUUCAAGACAGGCUUGUGGUGUGGAAUCAGCAGCUAAGGCACAUCCAGACUGGCAAGUAAACGUGUUCUUCAGUGGACCAGUUUCCGACUUCAUUCUCAAAAGGAGUUUCCUUGCAAAGCUCCUCAAAUACGAGAACGUCAAGCUAAUGCGUAUUCAUCUGCAAGAGUACGCUAAGGGAACACCUCUGGAGUCUUUAGUCGCCGCUAGUCCUUACAAAAAAAGCGCUUGGAGGAUUGAACACACUUCUGAUGUUCUACGCUAUCUUACGCUAUACAAAUAUGGAGGGGUUUAUAUGGACUCGGAUUUUGUGGUGGUAAAACCCUUUGAUGAUCUGGAGAAGAACUGGUCCGGCAGAGAAAGUAUUACUGCCGUUGUCUCCGGUGUCAUGUCGUUCUCAAGGGAUAGCCUGGGACGCCAAAUGGCUGCAGCUACGGUCGAGAAUUUUAAAAAGAAUUACAAUCCAAACUAUUGGGGGUAUAAUGGCCCGGGUGUAAUAACGAGAGUCGUAAAGGAAAUGUGUUUCAAAACCAAGAAGAAAAAAUGGAUUCACGGAUGCAACGGCUUCAAAGUGUACGAUCCAGAGGUGUUCUACCCGGUGUACUACAAACAGAACCGACUAUACUUCGAGGCCGGUCGCAACCUGACGACUUCGGAGAAGACAUACGCCCACCACAUGUGGAAUCACUUGACCAUGAAGUACAGUAUUCCGAAAACAUCGCCUUAUGCUCAAUUGGCAAAGCAGUACUGUCCGACUGUGUAUGAAAUGUACGGAGAUAGCUUUGGUGUUUAAUGGAACUAAGUGAUUUGAAAUGUUUAUAAAAUUGAGGCAAUGAUCAAUAAAUUGUAUUACAUUGAAACCA